CCGAAUGCCUUUUUUAUUGUAUUUUUCGACCCAGUUUGUGUCUUCGUAAGUGCUGGUUUGUAAAAUCUCUACAGCUCCGUGUAAAUAGGCAACCAAGUAAAUUACUGUGGUGUGAUUUUCUUUCUCGUUGUUCUUUUUAUAUUUAUAAUUUUUUGUUUUUUGUUGGAAUUCAGAAUGAUUGGAGUCUCAAUAGUCUCUCUGGAAAAUCCACUUUUGUUUGAUUGAGACAUAUUAACUUGCUCAUGGUUCUAAACUUCUAAUCGUUUAUCAUUCUUGUUGUCACGGUUUCUCUCCAUUUGUUUGCUUAUACAGUUUUUAUUGUUUUGCUAGAAGUUGGUAUGUGCCCGUUUUGUCUCAAAAGAAAUCCAUCUGAGAAUACAAGAGCCUGAGCUGUUGUUGAGCUAGUAAAUAAUGAUAAAGAGCCUGAGCUGUGGUUGAGUUAGUAGAUAAUGAUUUUGGUUAAUUUCCAUACUACAUUUUCUUUUUUUGUUGGGUCAGUAGAUAAGGUGUCUCCUGCAUGUCAAAUGUUCAUCUAUGUAUACGUAUGUGUGUUUCCUUGUUUCUCUGGGAGCUUAAAUCAUGAUCCAUGUUGUAUUGUCCUUCUUGUUCUCUAGCAUUUGUUUGGUUAUCUAGCUUUCUUGUUGUUGAUGGGCUGGCCAAUGCUUAAUUUCUGGACUGUAUACAAUUCUCAUUUCUUGGAAAAGCCGAUCCAAUUAAGAAAACCAACUUGAGCUUUUUUGUCGAAAAUCUCGAUGAAAAUAAUGUAUAGCAGCUACUAUAUAUACGAGGGCAUGAGUUAAGGCUUUUCAUAAAUUGUGUGACAAUCUAAUCUAAUACAGACAACAAUGUCUCUUCUUCUGCUCCUAAUUGCUACCUUUCUCAACCAAGCUUCUUUAUACCAAGCUUAUGUUUCAAGCCCAAACCCGGCACCUUCACCUUUAUCAUGGUCAAUCUUUUACACUACUAAGUUCAGUUUCCCCUCAUUCGACCAUGAAAGUUGCAGCACCGGGGGAUUGAUUUGCACAGGCUCAGCCUCCAGUGGUGAUGGCCUAAUAAACCUUACCCCAUGGCUAGAUUUCCCUGUACCUCCAGUACACCAGGUUGGGAGGAUUCUAUACAAAAUCCCUGUGCUUGGAUGGCCAGCAGUUAUAUCUACUACUUUCACCUUCAGGGUCGUUAAACCCCAGAAUUCUGAUGGUGGAGAUGGAUUGACAUUUAUUAUGUCUCCAACUGCCAGUCCCUCCCCACCUGGUAGCUCUGGCUCCUUUCUUGGAAUCUCGAAUCCAUCACUAGAAGCUGCUGGUGCUCGUCUGUUAGCAGUGGAGUUCGACACUUACAAGAAUACAUUUGACAUAGAUGGAAAUCACGUUGGAAUCGACACAAAUGGGGUGAAAAAUUCCUUGGUAAGUAGGAGUCUCAACAACACUGGCAUUGACCUUAAAAGUGGGAGAGACAUCAAGGUUCGAGUUGAUUAUGAUAUAAGAACAAAAUCGCUUCAAGUGUCUGUGGCAUACGCAUCAGAUCCAUGGAUGACUUUCCUGAGGUUGCCUAUUAACAUAUCAGCUUAUGUGCCACGAGCCAUGUAUGUGGGUUUCACAGCCUCAACAGGGACUUUCUUCGAGCACCAUCAGAUUCUCAAUUGGGAGUUCACAUCAACGCCAAUUGCGACAUAAGAAGAUCAAAUGCAGUACUGAGUAAUUCGUGGGACAACUAUUAAGAAUAAAUUAUGAUCGUAUUUGAAUUUUUUUUGUUCUGUAUACCGUUGAUUGAUGAAUCAAGAGCAAUAAGAGCAGGCCCCUGCAUAUUUUAAAUAA